CAUCCGCGGACCAAAACCAAACAAAAAAACGCAUCUCCAGAUAAAUCCUCACAACAGACCCACAUUUUCUUGUGAAGAGUACAAAUCCUACAUAAUCUUUUAGCUCAAAUCAUUCUUUGGUAGCCGCCAUCACCACCAGAAGCUUUCACUUACAUUAUCAUUUAUUUUUCUCUCAAACAAAAAUGCAAGCGUCUGCUGUAGCAGCCAUGGCAGCUCACGCAAUCCUUGCGGCUUCACCUUCUUCUUACCCUCUCCUUUCCCCUCUCCCAAACCCUAAUAUUAGUCAUCACCCAGCGCUCCAUACUUCAUUCCAUGGUGUCUCCCUCAAGUUCCCUCGCCAAUCGCUAGCUCUAUCUCUCGCCGCCGCCUCCCCCAGGAAACCCCUUGCCGUCGUCGCUGCCACCAAAAAGGCCGUCGCUGUCCUUAAGGGCACCUCCAACGUUGAAGGCGUUGUUACUUUGACCCAAGAAGGCGAUGGUCCCACAACAGUGAAUGUUCGUGUCACAGGACUUACUCCAGGGCCCCAUGGGUUCCACCUACAUGAGUAUGGUGACACAACAAAUGGAUGCAUUUCUACAGGAGCGCAUUUCAAUCCUACUAACAUGACACAUGGGGCUCCUGAGGAUGAAGUCCGUCAUGCGGGUGACCUGGGAAACAUAGUUGCUAAUGCUGAUGGUGUGGCAGAAGCAACAAUUGCGGAUAAACAGAUACCAUUGGAUGGUCCUAACACAGUAAUUGGAAGAGCAUUUGUUGUGCAUGAGCUUGAAGAUGACCUUGGAAAGGGUGGGCAUGAACUUAGUUUGACUACUGGAAAUGCAGGUGGAAGAUUGGCUUGUGUCGCUGCAGUUCCCAAAAAGCGUACUUCUAUAUCAAAAAAGCGUAUUCGUAAAAAUAUUUGGAAAAGGAAAGGAUAUUGGGCAGCAUUGAAAGCCUAUUCAUUAGCAAAAUCUCUUUAUACUGGUAAAUCCAAAAGUUUUUUGUGCGACAAUUUGAAAAAGGAGUAGAUUCAUUAACUGCUAUUUAGUUCAAGUUGGUGAAAAUUUCAACAAGGUUUGGAAGGUAUUUCAAGGUGGAGUUGGGAACACGGAAUAUGAGAAUUUAGAAUUCUGAUAUUUUUGAGAGUGGGAUGAUUUCUUCAUGUAUUAGAUCGUAAAAUUUAUUCAGGUUUGUUUUGGUAGGAUGAUGAACAGCUUAUUGUAGCUUCAAUUGUUGUAGUUCCUCAGAUCCUUUUGAAGGAGCAUCUUGAACCAAGUGAAUGUCAUUAUUAUCAUGAUUUUGCUUUAAUUCAAUAUCAUAAUACUCAAUUUUGCCUAUCAAUGUCACCAGUUUUAAAUGUGUUUGUUCAAUUUUGUGCUUGUGUCAACAAUAAAAUAUGACUGUCUAAUGAAGUCAGCAUGAUUGUUGAAUUCCCUUGUAGGUUUUCAAAACUUGCAAUAAGGUUAUUUUGGCUAAUGUUUAAAACUGAAAAUAUUUUUCAUAAAUUUUACUUCUAUAACAACUGAGAAUUAUCUCAAUGGUUAUUGUCCAUCCCAUGUUAUUUGUAGAUUCAAUAAAAAGGCAAAUUAUCAAACACUGAAAUAAGAAGAGUGGACCAAAUAAGAGAACUCAAAUGUUGAAAAUGGCUAUGCACACCAGAAUAACUAAUUAUUCUUGCUGUUGACAUGGACAAAAAACAAUUUUUUUGAUCAGGAAGAAAAAGGAAUUUUGGGUAAAUAGUUUUGCAAUAUUCAUUUCUAUCUAAGAAGGUAUGUUGCAUAACACUUAAUAUGCAUGCAGAGAGGAAUAUGUCCUGAUUUCAUGCAUCGCUCUUUAUCUGUGGGCACAUGUUAUCACAUAUAAAUCAUGUCCAUGUAAAACUAGUUAGAAUAAGAAGAAGAUUGUUGACCAUAGAUGUAGACAUGUUGUAAUAUGCUUCCUGGGCAUAAUGAGCAAUGGUAGACUGUAGUCUUGUACACACUGUGGAGCUUCCAUGAGUGUAUUAUGUAGUCUCAGUUCCAACGUUUAUGAAUUAUUUGGGUUUCAAUAGUCUGAAUUUUCAAUGCUAAUUGCAUUUUGCUUUUCUUUGCGGCCAUACAGUUAAUCCCUCUGUUACAGCUUCAUUAACUACAUGAUUGAACUCUCCUUUUCUUGCCCCUUUGGUACCAUUUGCAUGCAGGUGUUGUUGGUUUGACUCCAAUAUAAUGGCAGCCAUUGUUCCCUGCUUGUUCUGAACCAGUCUGUUUUGUGCUAUUUGCUGCUUGCAUUUACUGGUUACCCAUAUAUAGAGUUCAAUGUUAAUUUUCCUAGCCAAUGGUGUAAACUGUCAAGACAGCAAGUAAUAAGUACUGUUUUCAGAUGUGUAUGAUGUUCAUUGGUUUCCCUGCUAAAUAAAGUUGAUUUUCACCUGUGAA